UCGGCAGAGUUUCAAACCCCCACCACGCAGCGGCAAAAAAUCGCCAUUGAAAGUUGAAAGCUUUCACAGUUUCACUCUCUGAAAUCGUCCAGAGAAAAUGUCAAUCCAUGGCUUAGUCUGUUCUCCUUCAACAAUUCACUUCUGCGCUCAAGAAUUGCCCUUUUCGCCACCUUCAUUUUCAUCUCUUUACAAGUCUGCGCGACCCUCUUCUCUUCUCAUUCCGCCCACUCUUUCCUUACGCAAUUCGCCUCUAUUACUUCCAUUUCCCCUUACGCCCAAAACGCCCCGCUUUCAUGUCUUGCAAGCCACCGCGCCGUUGUCAGAGGCAAUUGGUCGAACAGAAGAUGUGCAGUCUGGUGACGAAGCUCCUGGAAACAGAGUGCUGGCCCAGAAUGUUCCCUGGAACUCCACUGCAGACGACCUUCGUCCGCUGUUUGAGAAGUAUGGUACUGUCGUCGACAUUGAGCUUUCAAUGUAUAACAAGAGUAGGAACAGAGGUUUAGCAUUUGUGACAAUGGGUUCACACGAGGAGGCUGUGGCAGCUCUCACCAAUCUUGACUCGUAUGAAUUUGAAGGGAGAAUUUUGAAGCUUAAUUGGGCAACACCAAAGCGGAAGAAACCUUCUUCUCCACCGGUUCCUAAGCCUAUUUACAACUUGUUUGUGGCGAAUUUGCCAUUCCAAGCAAGAGCUAAAGACCUUCGAGAAUUCUUUAAUGCUGACAAUGGAAAUGUUGCUUCUGCUGAGGUAAUAUUUCUUGAAGAUCCAAGGCGGUCUGCUGGAUAUGGAUUUGUUUCCUUCAACACCAAGGAGGCCGCUGAAGCUGCACUCUUGGCUUUCGAGGGGAAGGAGUUUAUGGGUAGACCGAUUAGGGUGGCACGUAGCAAAAUGUAUCUGAGAGAACAGACAAAACUGGAUAUUCAAUCUCAAAGUGCCCCAAGUGAGUCAAAUCCCGAGGGAGAGUAGAGGCUCAAUACUUUGCCUGUUGUUGGUUGAAAUGGUUCAGGCCAAUUGGAGCUGCAGAUAAUACCUUGCUUACUCAAUCAAUGCAUUUUGGCUCUUAUCUUGCAAGAUGGUAGGCUUUUACAUUAUACUUCGACUAAUUAUGUGGUAGCGAUGUUACCCAAAAAAAAAACGAAGAAGAAAAAUGAUAAAGAGCAGAAUGAAUGAAAGUAGGGAAGAAAAACAGAUUUUGACAUCAAUAUUGGCAACUCUGAGUUACUCAAAUUUAAAAAGAAAAGUUUGAAACCAAUUUCUUUGCUUUGAACUUGUAUAGAGAUUAUGGUGUCAACGAACACUUGUACAACAUUGCUACUAACUAAGCUUGUAAAAGGAUGUAAUGCUAUGAGGUAUUUUAUGGUCUUUGUGAUAGUUUCAUCA